CUCCAAGGGGGCAGGCAGCCAAAUCAUAAAAAGAUUGAGGAAACAAGAAAUUUUAGUUUCAUCUAAUAUUACUAGUAAUAGUACAUUUAUUACUAGUAAUAGUAGAAUUAUUAUGGGACGCUCUCCUUGUUGUGAUGAAAUUGGCCUCAAAAAAGGGCCUUGGACCCCAGAAGAAGAUCAGAAGCUUGUCAAAUUCAUCCAAAAACAUGGCCAUGGCAGUUGGAGAGCUCUUCCUAAACUUGCAGGUUUGAAUCGAUGUGGAAAAAGUUGUAGAUUACGAUGGACAAAUUAUCUAAGGCCUGAUAUUAAGAGAGGCAAAUUCACCCCUGAGGAAGAACAAACAAUUCUGAACCUCCAUGCUAUCCUUGGUAACAAGUGGUCAGCAAUUGCAAACCAUCUACCAGGUAGAACAGACAAUGAAAUAAAGAAUUUCUGGAACACCCACUUGAAGAAGAAGCUGAUCCAAAUGGGUUUCGACCCGAUGACCCACCGGCCUCGAACCGACAUAUUUUCAAGCUUGCCUCACCUUAUAGCCUUAGCAAACCUUAAGGAAUUAAUGGAGAAUAAUUCUUGGGAAGAACAAGCAGUAAAAUUGCAAACUGAAGUGGCUAAACUUCAGUACUUACAAUAUCUUCUUCAGCCACCUACUAAUUAUCCUAUGCCUAACUUAGACAUGGAUACCCUUAAUCUUUUGAACUCUCUUCCAUCUGCAUUUUCUACUAAGGAUUUUACUUAUAAUAACCCGGAUGAGAAUAGUCCAAACCCUUUUCAUGCUAUCCAUGAUCACUUACCAGAUCUUAAAACCCUGGAAACAUCAUCACCUAAUAACUUAAUUAGUAAAGAUAACAAUAUCAAUUUGAUUAAUCAUGUUUAUCAUAAUCAACCACCUUGUGAAUUUACAGUUUUAAGCCAAGGUGAAAAUUCACCAACUUCUCCUUGGCUACCUUCUUCUCCUUCUCCUCCACCGAUAACAACCGCGGCCGCCACCACGGCCCCACUGUUAGAUGGUUGCACCACUAGUUCUGCUGGUAGCUUUUGGCCUGAUCUCCUCCUUGAAGACUCCUUGUUUCAUGAUAUUCCCUAGUAUAUUUUCAGAUCAUAUAUACUGAUCGAGUACUGUGACAUAUUAUUAAAGGUUUGUACGAUAUUUGCACGUACCCUUAGCUUCAUCUUUUAUGGUGUGUAAUAUUACCAGUACAAAAAUACUCUUUUGAACUGCCAUGAUCAUCAUAUUGUUAUCAUCUUAUGAUAUUAUAUAUAUAGAAUAUAUAUAGUACUUGAUACGAAAUUUUUUUA